AUGCUUCUGGACAAUCCGUUCUCAAUGGACCAAGAUUCAGACAGUGACGUGAGUAUGAGUGAGGAUUCUUCGGAAGAUGAGGUUAUGUCUGGAGAUUCCCCGAUGGAGGACGAUGACAGUGAAGAAGAGCAGCAAGAAGCUGGAGCAGAAGGUGAAGAAGAAGAAGAAGAAGAUGAAGUUGUUAAAGCUAUUACUGCUUCCAAGGAGUUUCAUCGAGAACACCCUCCAGAUAUAGUGAUUAAUGAUCAAGAUCCUUCUAUUCACAAUAUUUGUUUUCAUCCUGAGCAGGAUUUUAUCGCACUUGCUUGUACCAACGGUGACAUCAAAGUGUAUAAAUAUAGUAAUGAUGAGAAUAUUUCGCAAUCUGUAAUAGAAGCUCAUGAGGAUUCAUGUCGGGAUGUCAAAUUCAGUGCAAAUGGAGAUACCUUGUUUUCAGUAUCCAAAGACAAGUCAAUUGCAAUAACAGACUUUGCUACGCAAAAGUUCAAAGGAAUUUAUGAAGAAGCACAUGACUCACCGAUUCAUGUUAUAAGUGUGAUUAUGUGGGACUUGAGACAGUCAGGAAAACUUCCAAUAUUUACAGUCAAAGGAGAGGGAAGUUCGGUCAACGCAAUGCUAACAAAUGACGAAAAGAAAUACUUAGUAUGUGCGAUCGGUGAUGGCACUAUUACGACCAUAAAUAUGCCUGCUAAAAAAGUUUACUGCCGAACAUCAGAGGAUGCAGAGUACGAUGAGUGUAGCUGCAUGGGAUUGUUCAAACACAAUAGUAAAAUAUUGACAGCAACUAAUUCUGGUAAAUUUUACGUCUUCGACUGGGACAAAUUUGCAGAGCCUACGGAUGUAUUUCGUUAUGUUAAUAAGAAGGCAAUCGCUUGCAUGAUACCCAUUACUGAUAACAUAGUAAUAACUGGUGAUGAAGACGGAGUGUUACGGGCAUUCAGCGUCUUUCCACAUGAAAAAUUGGGUAUCGCAGGCCAGCAUGGAAAUUCUGUCGACGCUUUGGACAUUUCUCGGGACGGAUCGUUGAUUGCAUCUUCGUCUGAUGAUUCUGUUAAAUUUUGGAACGUUAAGUACUUCGAGACCUUUGAUAUUACGAAAGUCCAAACGCAGAGAAAUAAAGGGAAGAAAGUUAAGCAAGCCAAGUUCAAUUUACCCAGCAGCAAGUUUGAAAAUCCCUCAGAUUUCUUUGAUGGUUUCAAAAACGAUGCUUAA